CCCGACGUCACGCAGGCGGGCCGACGCGUGAACGAUGAGCAUUCUACUACCCAUGUACUGCGUUUCGCGAGCAAAGGAGGAGAGGGUUUUGGUUUUCAUGUACCCCGUCAACUUCUCAUUGUUCUGUCAUAGCUCACACCGUCAGAUGUCAAGAAGUCGAGGGUCGACAUACGUUUCAUGCGUGAUGACUCCGCGUACUCUGACGUUUGAGGGCGAUACGGUUCUAUAUUCUCUGCUCCUUCGCUUUUCGACCCAUCAUCAUGAUCGUGAGGUUUGCAUGCGUUCCCUCUGCCAGUCUGGGACUGUCGGAGAACACGAGCCCUCGACUACAGGACUUGUGCAUAAUUGAGGUGCUGCAAGUCUUUUUCUCCGCGCGUACGCGGCAUCUCGAGCCUGUCGGCGUAGAGUCAUUGUUAUAUGGACCCUUUGACCAUGAAAUGUGCGUUUUGGGCUAUUCGAGCCGUGAAGUAGACGUGCAUCACAUGAAAUUGGCAAUCUCGUGCUCUCACCUUGUUGACUGCAUCGUCUGCGCUGGCCUCUUAUUGACAUCCCGGCAUUCUCAUUUAGUGCCUCACACAGAUCUCUGAACAUGGCGCAUGGCGCAGGGAAGGUCGCCGAAAGGCCAGUGCGGAAUAACAAUCACGGAAGCAAACAAAAAUCGGGCUGCACGCGGAGGUAUUCUCCAGCGUUUGCUCCCCGCCGCGUCAGACGUGGCCACAAUAGGGAACGGACCAGUAAAUCGUUACGCGACCCUUACGAGACCCAUGCUUCUCGCGUAUCUGGCCCGUAUAUGAGGGCCAGUCUCGCUCUUUGACCCUCUGCCCCUCCUUUCUCUCCUUCCACCACACCCUCAUUCUUAUUUGCUUCGUACACCACCACGUAUUCUACGCUCUACACUCAUUCUUGAAUAUAUAUCCCUUGAUGCGUGCCCCCGAGCCGCCAUACCCCUC